CUUUUCCUCUUUAACUCUUUUUUGCCCUUUUUCAGUUUUCUAUCAGUAAAUAAAUCAAACAGAUUAACCGAGAGGUUUAAAAAAGUACCUUUUUGCUAAUCAUAGUUAAAAUUCGAUUCCUAUUCUGUUUGAGCCGGUGGCGCGCGGUGGAUACCGAUUUUCUGCACUGAAAAAUCGUCGACCAGCUAGAGUCUCAGCCAUGGUCACGUCGAAGAAAGUUAUAAUUAGGGCUGAUUGGGAGAAGAAUCUUGAAGAUGUUAAAGUUAGAAAGGAAGAUAUGAACAAACUGGUUAUGAAUUUUCUGGUCACAGAGGGUUAUGUGGAGGCUGCUGAAAAAUUUCGACUCGAAUCUGGGACGGCGCCAGGUAUGGAUCUUGCAACAAUCACUGAUCGCAUGGCAGUCAAGAAAGCAGUACAGAGUGGUAAUGUGGAGGAUGCUAUUGAGAAAGUUAAUGAUUUAAACCCUGAGAUACUGGACACGAACCCUGAACUCUAUUUCCAUCUCCAACAGCAGCGUCUUAUAGAAUUUAUCCGAAAUGGGAAGGUAGAAGAAGCCCUCGAGUUUGCUCAAGAGGAACUUGCUCCAAGGGGAGAGGAAAAUCAAGGCUUUCUAGAAGAGUUGGAAAGGACUAUUGCGUUGCUUGCUUUUGAAGACAUGACCAAUUGCCCUGUUGCCGAGCUCCUUGAUAUUUCUCAACGCCUUAAGACUGCUAGAGAGGUGAAUGCAGCUAUCCUCAUCAGUCAAAGCCAUGAAAAAGAUCCAAAGCUUCUAAGCUUGUUGAAAAUGUUGAUAUGGGUGCAAAACCAGCUGGAUGAGAAAGCCACUUAUCCUCGAAUCCAAUUUACGACUGCAGCCCUUGAAGAUCCUGCUGCUUGAGAGCUCAAGUAAAUUAAUUUAUAGGGAAAAAAGCUAAAAAGGUUAAAAUAGUGGGAAUUUAUCUGUAUCUAAUAGCAAUAGUACUGAUAUAGAGUGAUUGUUGCCUUCUUGUGGGUUCAGCCUGUUCAUGUUCUUACCAUGAUUGUCUAACUUUUAUGCCUCCCAAAUCUAAUAAUGAGUAGGAGAUAUUUUUUUCUUAUUGAUUUUGCUUAUCUUACUUAGUUGUACAUUAGCUUAUAUUUUUCAAGAAAUUAU